AAUAUUUUGCUAUUUCUAGUAACAUACAGUCAUCAGUUACUGUAUUGUUUCUUUAAAAAAAUGGCCACUGUUUCGAAAUAUACAUAUAAAAGCAAAUUGCACGUAUUCUUGGUCCAAAUACUGUAAUACAAUACAAAUAUGUACUGACGCCUAUUGAAGAGUGUCACUGACGGGACUGAGUUGUGGCUGACAGCAGCUCCUGUGUGACCACUAGGUGUCAGCAACGUAAUUGUUGAUGAGACAACAGCAAACAGGUACACUGCUAAUGCUAAAAUCAUUCACUUGUGUCCACAGCUUGUCCUAUUCAUGAAUUAAACAGUGUCCUGUCGCAAACUGCUGCUCUUAAUUUGAAGAUGCAACGCAAACAUCCGGUACGCGAUGACGUUGACGCAGCAGCAUUUUAUUGGUUUGAUGUUAAGAGGAUGUAAUGUAAUUGCUGAUCCAAGUGUCACCAGUGAGCUUUAACAGAUAAUAAUGGCCACUGAAUCUGAGAAAUUAUGUAUAACUUAGAGCAUGACUUCUUGUUGGAAGUCCAUGAUCAAAUUUGGGGUCGUAAUAACACAAAACAAAAAAAAAUUAAAUUAUUUUCCCUCGGGUCCGUUAAGCAGCUCUGUAAUUUUGAAUUGUGUGAUCCUCAGUAAGUAAAAGUUAAAUUUAAAUGUUAAACGUCAAUAUAUAGCAGUAUACUGUGCACCAACAAAAACUGUUGUCAAUAAAGAUAACUUCAAAUAUUGCCGUAAUAACGUAACGCGCCAUUAAAAGUGAGUUGAAAAUCUAAUCUUUAACCAAACGCGCCUAAUCAACUAUACAAAAGUUCCCGGGAAAUAUUGCCUCUCUCUCUCUCUCUCUCUACACUGCCGAAUCUCCCGCCAACGAGCUCCUUGGUGGGCGUUUAAAUAUGACGUAAUAUUCCGUCUCGGGGUGAGCCAAUGAGCGCCGAGGGCCAGCUGUUGUCAGGCUUGGACGGACCAAUCAGAGAGCUGCCGGCGGGAACCAGCUGCUUUGCUUCGGAGGCAAAGAACAUUUGGCGCAAAAGUUUGGUUUCUGUGGACUUUCGAGGACGAGGACGUUCGAACGUUUCACCGACGAGAUAUUUUUAUACUUGAUCCAAGGGUGGGUGGAGAAAAUGCCGAGCACGCGCUCACAGGGUCGCACACAACCCACUCUGCCCUUCCCUAGACGGAAGUCCUCCCGGGUGUCCUCGAAGCCCAAAGCCCCCAAAAAUGAAAAGUGUGCACUCCCAUCACCGGCCCGGCUUGAAGACGGCAUCGGGCCGCUCUCACCUGGGCGGCAGCAGGCCGCCGCCCUGUCCCCACAUUCGCAGAAACCACCUGCCGUGGUGCCCUCUCCCUCGCCAGCCAGGCUGCCCCUCAGCCCGCGGAAACGCACAGGCGAAGACAACAUCCUCAAUAUGGCCGCCACCCCGAUGGUGUCUCCACCCAAACAGCGCAAAGUGUCUCUGUUGUCGCCGCGGCGUCUGGCCUUCGACGAAAACUCCCCCGUCACCGCUUCAUCACCGAGGCAACAGGAAGUCCUUUCUGGAAGUCCCGCACGACCGAGUCCGGAGAAGAAGCCAGCGGCGUCUCGACUUUGUGCAGAAAAGUCCAGGUUCUUGAGCGUGAAGCAAGCGCUCCACACCGCCGUCCCGGAGCGCCUUUUAUCCAGAGAGAACGAGCGAGCCGCCAUCCACUCCUUCCUGGAGGACAAGGCCCUGCGGAGCCUCCCCGGCAGCCUUUACAUUUCCGGGGCGCCAGGAACCGGCAAGACGGCCUGCCUCAACUGUGUCCUGCAGGAAAUGAAGGAGGAGAUGGCGUCCGUUCGCACGCUGGUGGUCAACUGUAUGAGCCUGAGAAGCUCGCACGCCAUUUUCCCGCUGCUGGCCGACAAACUGAAAGUGUCGGGAGGACACAAAGGUCUGCGGGGUCACCUGACAAGACCAGGACCUGCAGUGCUUCUGGUUCUGGACGAGUUGGACCAGCUGGACAGUAAAUGCCAGGAUGUCAUGUACACCAUCUUUGAGUGGCCCCACCUCCCCAAGUCCCGCCUCUGUCUCAUCGGAAUCGCCAACGCGUUGGACUUGACCGACCGCAUCCUUCCCAGACUUCAGGCGCGUCCCGGCUGCCGCCCCCAGCUGCUCAACUUCCCCCCAUACAGUCGAGAGGAGCUAACCGCCAUCGUUCAGGACCGCCUGGCUCAGGUAUCGGUGGGCGGGAUCCUGGACGCCGCCGCCGUGCAGUUUUGCGCCCGUAAAGUCUCGGCCGUGUCGGGAGACGCCAGGAAGGCUCUGGAUAUUUGCAGGAGAGCGGUGGAGAUCGUGGAGUCUGACGAGAGGAAGAAGAGGGCGGCCGACGCCACUGACCGUAGCGCCGCAGAGUCUCACGUGAGCGUCCCUCAAGUAGCACGCGUCCUCUCUGAGGUGUACGGCGACCGCAUGGCGUCGCAGGGCGGCGCCUCCGAUGGGGAAAGUUUCCCUCUUCAGCAGAAACUUCUAGUCUGCUGCCUCCUGCUGCUGGGACGCAGCGGGAAGAGCAAAGAGGUCGUCCUCGGAAAGCUUCAUGAGGUCCACAGCCGCCUGUGCGCUCAGAGGCAGGUGGGCGGAGUCAGCCAGGCGGAAUGUUUGUCGCUCUGCACGCUGCUGGAGAGUCGAGGAGUUUUCGCUCUGAAGAAGGCGAAAGAAGCACGUCUGACCAAAGUGUUCCUGAAGAUCGAGGAGAAGGACGUGGAGAACGCACUGAAGGAUCGCACGCUGGUUGGCAGCAUCCUGGCAGCUGGACUGCCGUGAGCGUUUUAUUUGUAUUUUUUUAAGCUAAACUUUAAAAGUUGAUUUUUCUUUUUUGGCGUACUUCUCAUUUUUGCUGAGAAUAAUUUUGACAUCACAUUUGUUGAAAAUAAACCAACAGAUGUUUGAUUUUUUUUUUUUUAUCCAAAUGUUGUGUUCACUGACCUUUUUGUUCGUCGGAACAAACAUGCGGAAUGGAGACAAAGGUCACGUAUUAAAUGUGUACUUUUAUUGAUGUAUGUACAAUGUAAACAUUGAUGUCAGCUUUGAUUGUCAACAUUCAGACAUAAGUAGCAAUGUGACCUUUGACCUCCACUGUUGAACUAUGAAAUACAUUGCAAACUUUCAGUGAAUUCUUUGUCUUUCCG